UAUAUAAAAGGCAAUCCGUACAGAGAUCUUCAGUCACAGCGACUUUAACACAAAAUAAGUUUUCUUAUAACACUGGACACAUAGAAGCGGUGGAAGACAGACAACAUUUUGCCAGCAACGCGCGCAUCCAAAUAUAUUUAAAAUCAAAUAAUUUUUUAUAACUGUGGUUAAGCGAAUUAUCAAAAUGGUGAAGAAAGAACAGGAUCCAGAAGAAGUGAAUCCUGAGGUUGAAAGAAGAUUGGCAGCAAUAAGAGCAAGAGAUUUGGAAAAACUAACAGAGGAACAAAUGAACAGAUGUCUUCACGUAAAAGGAGUCAUAAACUUAGGACCUCUCCCAAUCAGUUUUUACUUCAACCCGUUAACCACUAUCGUGUCUGCUGUAAUCAUUUGGGGAUUCGUUAUAUGGUGUAUACGUGAUGAUGACGCUUUGAAACACUUGACUGAAGUUAAAACCUGGGUGACAGAAAAAUGGACAUGGCUUUACGUUGGAACACAAGACGUGUGGGCUCUUUUUAUUAUUGCCUUAUAUUUUUCAAAAUAUUCAAAUAUGAAAUUGGGCAAAGAAGAUGAGAAGCCAGAAUUUAGCGAUGGCACCUAUUUUACCAUGCUGUUCUCGUGUGGUAUUGCCAUUGGUUUAUUCUAUUAUGGUGUUGCUGAGCCCAUCUUCCAUUACCAGCCUGGAGGCUUGAGAAACAGAUACUGGAAGAGGUACAACGAUAACCAGCGAGCUCAGGACGCCAUUAAUUUAACCUUCUUCCAUUGGGGUAUUCACGGUUGGAUUGUCUAUGUAAUCAUUGGCUUGUUGCUCAGUUUCUUGGCUUACCGGCGAGGUUUACCAAUGACUAUGAGAACAUGUUUUUAUCCUAUCCUGGGUGACAAAAUUUUUGGCCUUCUUGGUGAUCUGAUCGAUAUUUUAUGUAUCAUAUGCACUAUGUUUGGGGUGUGCACAAGCUUGGGAUUAGGUGUUAUGCAGCUGAUUAAUGGUAUACAUCGUAUCGACCCAAGCAUUCCAGAAAAUACAGAUAGCUAUAUUGUCGCUAUAUGGUGCAUCACGGGUCUUGCUACCCUUUCCGUCAUAAGUGGCAUUAAAUUGGGCAUUCGACGCUUAUCUGAAACAUGCUUUGGAAUUGGUUGCUUGAUUAUGUUCAUUAUUUUAUAUGCUGACAAUACUUGGCACAUUCUUAAUUUAUUUGUGCAAUCCACUGGUUAUUACAUGCAGUGGAUUAUACAGCUUGGGUUCCAUACAGAUGCAUUUGCCCAACUUGGAAAUGCUCCAGAUGGUAAAGAAAAUCCGGAUUGGAUUGACGGAUGGACAAUCUUUUACUGGGGAUGGUGGAUCAGUUGGUCACCCUUUGUAGGCAUGUUUAUUGCGAAAAUUAGCCGUGGAAGAACUAUCAAAGAUUUUAUCAUUUACACUUUGACGUUGCCGUGUUUCUAUUCGUUCUUUUGGAUGUCCAUAUUUGGAGGUGUUGGAAUACAAAUGGAGAACACCGCUGACAAUUUAAAUAUCACGUGUGACAUGUACAAAGCAGCGCUACCAAACAACUCAGUGUAUAAAAAUCAACAAGAACGAAUAUUUGCGAUGUAUGGCACCACGAAACUUUCAUGUCGCGGAGAUACUGAAAUGUGGUUUGAUGUGAUGAACUCCUACGGUGACAUCGGUGAUUUUCUCUCUGUUUUCUCUUUGAUUGCCAUCAUUAUGUACUUUGUAACCAGUUCUGACAGUGGAUCAUUGGUUAUCGAUUGUUUAUCAGCUAACGGCAACCCUGACCCACCUAUCUUUCAGAGGAUUUUUUGGGCUUUCACAGAAGGAGCAACUGCCACAGCAUUGUUAGUAGCCGGGGGAACGGACUCGCUGAAAGCAUUACAGACUGUUUCUGUGGCGUGCGGUUUGCCAUUUACGUUUUGUUUGAACUGGACUUGCGUAGCAAUGUGGCGUGCGGUCCGUGAAGAAGCUGGAGAAAUUGAUGAGACUGACGGAAGAUGGAGUGUCAGCUUGUGGGAUCUUAAUAACGUCGAACGAUUAAGCAAAACUCUUAUCUCCAUAUUCUGUCCAUGGCUGUUAAUCGCAAAAACAAGAAUGAUCCUCGACAAUGUCUCCGAUAUAACCCAUCAGGUUAUAUACAGCUUGACAUACGCGAUUCCCUUCUACUUAUGGAUCUUUUUAAUGCUGUUAGAGAUGCAGUAUAAAGGUAGCGCUUAUGUUGGAUGGGCAUCGCUCAUGUUUUUCUUUGCAUUUGCUGGUGGGGUCCGAGGGGAAGUACGUGACCGAUAUGAACUGGAAGGUGAUAUGGUUGAAGAUGCUUUUUCCUUCGUCUUAGUCUAUCCAUUAGCAUGCAUGCAAAUCCACGAGCAAGUAACAUAUGGACAAAGACCAGAAGACGCCAGGGUUAACGCAAUUGAAAUGGGUCAAGUAGCAAAUGGUGAUCACGUACCCAGCUAUGAUAAUCCAGCAGUUGUGGGUGUCUCUCAUACAGAAAAACCACCUCUUAACUAAUCCGAAUCGGUGAUAAUUUGUAUCUGCAAGGACAAUGCACGUAAUAAUGUUUUAGUAUAAAUAAAUAUAUCUAAAAAGUUACUGAUAUUCAACGAAACACAUUGAAGGUCACGAGAACAGACGAAACUGUUUAUGUCUUGUAAAAAUAUGCAAAUAUAGAAUUAUGCAUUGUUUAUUUUUUAAGAAUGCCUGUUCAUAUCGUGUUAGUAUUAAUUCUCGUAUUCAACAAUCUGACUGAGUGAAAUUUUUCUUUAAAAUUCUGUUGAUUUUUAACAAAACACUUUUUAUUAGUUAAAACUUUCAUACUUGUAAUAAUGCUUUUUACUUAUGUAAAAAAAUAACUUUUAAUUGGAAA